AUGUCGAAUGAUAAUAAUAAUAAAGGAAGUGAUCAUCCAAAUCCACAUAACAUAACACCGGGUCCUUCAUCCGGCGCUCUUCCGAUGAAGCCUGUUUUAGAUCAUAAAUUUGAUGACAACAACAAGAAUAGUAAUAAUGCAAAUAAACAUACACUAGCGCAAACGUUAUCAUCUACACUACCUAAAAUAAAAAAGCAACGACGUUCAGAUUCAAUCCCAUUAUCAGGUUCUGAAUCAUUUAAUACCACACCGAAUACGAAUAAUAAUAACAUUAAUCUAAACCAUAGACCGGUAACUUCAUGUUCUCAUUGUAGACAACAAAAGAUUAAAUGUGACGCAAGUCAAAAAUUCCCAUCUCCAUGUUCCAGAUGUAUCAAGAUGAACUUGUUCUGCGAAAUUGAUCCCGAUUUUAAACCCAAAAAGGGAUCUCAAAUCCAAAUAUUGAGAAGAGAUGUGGAUGAUUUGAAAUAUAAAUUUGAUUAUUUGAUUAGUAAUGAAUCUUUAUUUGGGGAAUUUUUACAUCAACAAUCUAUGAAAGCAGAAAAUGGUCCAAACAUCUUAGAAAAUUUAAACUCUAUGAAUGCAAGUUCAAGUUCUCAAAUAUUAAAGCGUUCAACGGCAACUACAGUACCGACAACUUCUACAAAUAUUGACACUAAAAACAUAAGUAAAGACGGAAACAAAAAUAAAAUCCAAACAUCACCUAAAAACACUAAAAUAUGUGUUCAAACUUAUCUAGUAGGUGAACCACAACUAUUACGAACAGAGACACAAUCUCCAAUAACGUUCAAGAAAGAUGCUUCUUCGAACGCGACUGAAUUUACUCGAAAGGAUUCAGUAUCGUCAUCUCACGCUUCAUUAAAGAAAAAUCUUCCUCCUUUACUUAAUGAUUCUGCCCCAACUAACAAUGGGAAAGAAGGUUUACCUAUUGCUUUGAAGAUGGCUUUACAUAGGAACACUUCGCCACCAAAUAGUACUUCUCCAUCUAUGCCCUAUAAUGAAAACAACAACAACAGAAAUGAGCAACAUGUUUCUACAAAUCAAUUAGGAGAGAAAAAUAACGAUAAAGCUACUAAUCAAAACAAUAAAUCUGAGUCCACAAUUACAAGAACUACGGACGCACAACAUAAGGAACAUGUUAUUGCAACAACAAAUACUAUCGCUCCCCUAUCAUCACCUCAUCCAAUAACAGAUUUAAACAUCGAUGAAUUUGUUCUCGGUGAAGUAAACAUCUCUAUAAGUAAAGCCAACGAAUUACACUCCAUCUUCGUUAAGGAAUAUUUACCAUAUUUCCCCAUCUUACAUACCAACUCAGCCAUUGAAUUAUAUUCUCAAUCACAAUUAUUAUUCUGGACAGUAAUGCUUACAGCAUGUUUAUCAGAUCCAGAACCAACAAUGUACAUCAAAUUAGCAUCUCUAAUUAAACAAUUAGCCGUAGAAACGUGUUGGAUGAGAACUCCAAGAUCUACUCAAAUUUCACAAGCCCUAUUAAUACUUUGUAUUUGGCCAUUACCAAACCAAAAAGUUUUGGAUGAUUGUUCAUAUAGAUUCGUUGCCUUAGCAAAAUCAUUAUCAUAUCAAUUGGGAUUACAUAGAGGUAAAUUUAUUCAAGAAUUUACUAGAACUCAAACUUCAAUGCCCAAUGCGGAAAAAUGGAGAACAAGAACGUGGUUAGGUAUAUUCUUUGCUGAACUUUGUUGGACAAGUAUUCUAGGAUUACCACCAACGUCGCAGACUGAUUAUUUAUUAGAAAAUGCAAGAUUAGCUCAAGAUGAAGAAAAUGACGCAGAUGAUGCAGAUGGAACUACAGAUAGCGAUCAGAAUAGUAACGGUAUUGAUAAAUUACCCAAAAGAUUCAGAAGAUUAAUUUGUUUAGCUAAUUUUCAAUCUAAACUUUGUAACGUGAUGGGGUCAAGUGUAAUGAGUCCCGAUGGUCUAAUGGAACCAAAAGAUCGUGGAGGUGCAUUAUCUAUCCUUGAAAGAGAAUUAGAAAGAUUAAAUAGGAAAUUAGAUUUUCAAUCAGAUAUCGUCAUCCACAUUUAUUAUCUAUAUGUGAAAUUAACUGUUUGUUGUUUUGCUUUCUUACCUGAAACGCCUAUUGAAGAUCAAACACAAUAUGUGACAGAUGCAUAUUUCUGUUCCACUCAAAUUGUCACAUUAUUAAAUAAAUUAUUGGAAAAGCAACAAUUGAUCGCAUUACCCAUUUAUAUUAGACAAAGUGCUACAUUUGCGUCGUUGAUUUUAUUUAAAUUACAAUUGAAUCCAAUGAUGUUAGAUAAAUAUUUGGACUCAGCAAGGCAAUCAAUCGUUACCAUUCAUAGAUUAUUUAGAAAUCAAUUGACCGCAUGGACUACGGGUGUCGAAAAUGAUAUUUCACGUACUGCUAGUAUGUUAGAGAAAUUAAAUAUGGUCUUAAUAACUCACCCAGAAGUUUUCAUUGAAGAGACAGGGAUUAUUUCUAGAAUGAGAUCCCAUUUGACAGGUUCAUUAUUUUAUGAUUUAGUUUGGUGUGUUCAUGAAGCAAGAAGAAGAGAAAUGGACCCUAAAUAUAACAAAGAAGCCAUUGAAAAGGCUCAACAGAAAAGGAAAGCUAAAGAUGGUGAUUCUCCUGAUCUUAAAAUUUGGGAGAUGAAACUUUACCCAUUACCAUUAUAUAAUCAUAUUUCAAAAGAGGAUUUCCAAACUGUAACACAAACGACUCCAAGUGGUACCACUGUAACAACUUUAGUACCGACAAAGACUGCAUUGAAAAAUGCUGAAACAUUGGCCAAAUCCAAGAAUAAAGAUUCAGAUGGUAUCAUUUCAGAAAUUAACGGUAUUCCGCUUUCAAUGUUAGAUGCUACUGGUAGUGUACAAUUAGAUAUUAAUGAAUUAUUUCAUGAUACGGGGAAUACAAGUUCUUUUACUACAGAUGCUGUUAUGAAUAGCAAGACCAAUUCUUCACAUAAAUUACCGCCCUUGGUUCCUGCAAAUCAGCCUUCUUUGUCAAAGCAACCUGUAAAAAGCAAUUCGAAUACUGAAUUUGCUUCCAGAAGUAAUGGCAGAGUUAAAAAUAAUACUACUAUUACAACAAGCGACGAGAAUAACAUUACAAGUAAUGAUGAUGGUAAUGAACCAGCAACAGUACCAUCCACACGGCCACUAUUAUCACCAGUUACUUCAUCGAUUCAAAGAUUCAACAACCCGAAAUCGUUAUUUGGGAAUCAUAAUAAGUCCAAUGUUCAACUACCGGAGAAAUUAUCGCAAACAAAUCUAAAUUCGAUGAAAUCUAUCAACUCCAAUAACAACAAUAAAAAUACGAUUACUAACAGUAAUAAUUAUAAUAAUAACAACAAUCUCAUACAACAACAAUCACCAUCGUCAUCAUCACUUCUUCCCUUUUCAAUUUCCCAUUCAAAUAGUUUCUCGAAUUUGAAUCUCUUCCCACCACAGGUACCAACUAAUGAUAAUAAUACUACGGUUUCUAAUAUGUUAAAUAAGUAUCGGACCAAUACCUCCGCUGCCGCCGAUAGUCGUACUAAUUUGAACGCACCGAAUACUGCAACAAAUAAUAAUAGUAACGGGACAGAACCACUACAACAUACAGCAAGUAGGGUACAAUUGAAUCAAUUAUCAGAUUUUUUCCAACAACAAACGGCUGGAUGGAUUGAAGAUAAUUUAAGUAAUGAUGAUAUAUUUGGUUGGUUUGGCAUGGAUAUGGAACCUAAAUUUUGA